UGCGGCCUCGGCAGGAGAAGCGGAGCUCGGCGGAACGAGGUGACGGGUCCUGCUUGGGCUCCCCGACGGCGGCGGCGAUGGCACAGUGCGUGCAGUCGGUGCAGGAGUUCAUCCAGGACUCGUUCGUGCCCUUGGUGGCCGCGUUGUGCAGCGAGGAGGCGGAGCGGCUGACCCGCAGGAACAACCUGAGCUUCGCCGAGCUGGUGAAGCCCUUCUGCCGCCUCACCUCGGAAGGUCGGUGCCGAGAUCCAAAUAAUCAGCUUCACGUAAUUAAAAAUCUGAAGAUUGCUGUCAACAACAUUAUUACUCAGCCACCUCAGCAUGGUGCCAUUAGAAAGCUUCUGAAUGAUGUUGUGUCUAUCAGUCAGCCUGCUGAAGGACUAGUAGCUAACGUAAUCACAGCUGGAGAUUAUGAUCUCAACAUUAGCGCUACUACUCCUUGGUUUGAGUCUUACAGAGAAUGCUUUCUUCAGUCCAUGCCUGCAUCAGAUCAUGAGUUCCUAAACCACUAUGUUGCGUGUAUGCUUGUAGUUUCUUCGAGUGAACCAGAGCCUGUGGAGCAAUUUCUGAAGCUGUCGCAAGAACAACAUCGUAUUCAACAUAGUAGUGAAUACUCUUAUCCGAAAUGGUUUAUACCAAACACACUCAAGUACUAUGUGUUAUUGCAUGAUGUAAGCUCAGGAGAAGAGCAAAGAGCUGACUCCAUUUAUGAAGAGAUGAAGCAGAGGUAUGGAACUCAGGGUUGCUAUUUGCUGAAAAUAAAUUCUCGAGUAUCUAACAGAGGAACAGAUGAGCAGAUACCAGACCCUUGGAGCCAGUAUCUUCAGAAAAACUCCAUUCAGAACCAGGAUUGCUACGAAGACUGUCCUUAUACUGUCAUUUCAAACAAGAAUACUGAUCACUUAAUAUCAGAUGGCUUAGAUAAUGAAAUUAAAGAUGGCCUGUCAAACAACUUCAAGACUCAUCCCCUUCAACUGGAUCAUCCCAGCAGCAGUUUGGAUAGCACUGAUUAUGUGAAGGCUACGACGUCGUUGCAGGAAUCAAAGAAAUCAAACUCUGGAACGCCUCAUGGUGCUUGUUUAACACUCACGGAUCAUGACCGAAUCAGGCAGUUCAUACAGGAAUUCACAUUCAGGGGACUUUUGCCACAUAUAGAGAAGACAAUUCGGCAACUUAAUGAUCAGCUAAUAUCCAGGAAAGGCUUAAGCCGAUCAUUGUUUUCUGCUACUAAAAAAUGGUUUAGUGGAAGUAAGGUUCCAGAGAAAAGCAUAAAUGAACUGAAGAAUACUUCUGGUUUGCUGUAUCCCCCAGAAGCACCAGAGCUUCAAAUCCGGAAAAUGGCAGACUUAUGCUUUUUGGUGCAACACUAUGAACUUGCAUAUAGCUGUUACCAUACAGCAAAAAAGGACUUCUUAAAUGAUCAGGCAAUGCUUUAUGCAGCUGGAGCGUUGGAAAUGGCAGCAGUAUCAGCUUUUCUUCAGCCAGGAGCUCCUAGGCCUUAUCCUGCUCAUUAUAUGGAAACAGCAAUUCAGACUUACCGAGAUAUCUGCAAGAACAUGGUUCUGGCUGAACGCUGUGUACUACUUAGUGCUGAAAUCUUAAAAAGUCAGAGCAAGUAUUCAGAAGCAGCUGCUCUUCUGAUUCGUUUAACCAGCGAGGAUUCAGAUCUUCGUAGUGCGCUUCUGUUAGAACAGGCAGCACAUUGCUUUAUAAACAUGAAAAGUCCCAUGGUCAGAAAGUUUGCAUUUCAUAUGAUACUGGCUGGCCAUAGGUUUAGUAAAGCAGGACAGAAAAAGCAUGCCUUACGUUGCUACUGCCAAGCCAUGCAGGUUUACAAAGGAAAAGGCUGGUCUCUUGCAGAAGAUCAUAUUAACUUCACUAUUGGUCGUCAGUCAUUUACACUUCAUCAGCUUGAUAACGCAGUGUCUGCCUUCAGGCAUAUUUUGAUCAAUGAUAGUAAACAACCUCCAGCUCAGCAGGGAGCUUUUUUAAGAGAGUAUCUCUAUGUUUAUAAGAAUGUAACCCAGCUGUCACCUGAUGGUCCUUUACCUCAACUUCCUUUGCCAUAUAUUAACAGCUCAGCAACACGUGUUUUCUUCGGGCAUGAUCGAAGACCAGCAGAAGGUGAAAAGCAAGCAGCAACACAUGUAAGUCUGGAUCAGGAAUAUGACUCAGAAUCAUCACAACAGUGGAAGGAGCUUGAGGAGCAGGUUGUGUCUGUGAUCAACAAAGGAGUAAUACCUUCAAACUUUCAACCGACGCAGUUUUGUUUAAACCGUUAUUCAGAUAACUCCAGAUUUCCACUUGCUGUGGUAGAAGAACCUAUAACUGUAGAAGUCUCCUUCCGAAACCCGCUGAAGGUUCCACUGUUGUUGACUGACCUUUCACUGCUGUGGAAAUUUCAGCCGAAAGACUUCAGUGCUAAACAUGAGGGAGCAGCAAAAGAUCCGGGAACAUGUGAUGAUGAUAUGAUAGGAACAGAAGCAAUAGCAGAAUUUCUAAUUAAUAGUGAGGAGACAAAAAUGGCGAGACUAAAGCUCUUUCCCCAUCAAACAGGGGAGCUACAUAUUCUGGGAGUCGUUUAUAAUCUUGGCACUAUUCAGGGUACUGUGACAUUAGAUGGGAUAGAUCCUUCUAUUGGAUUGCAGUCAGGGAAAUUUGUCUCCAAUGGGUUAUCUGUACGAGGACGACAAGACUUAGAAAUCCAAGGGCCUCGACUUAAUAACACAAAAGAAGAAAAAACGUCUAUUAAGUAUGGACCUGAUCGGCGUUUAGAUCCCAUUAUUACGGAAGAAAUGCCUUUGUUGGAGGUGUUCUUUAUAAACUUUCCUACAGGACUUCUCUGUGGAGAAAUCAGAAAAGCAUAUGUAGAGUUUGUGAAUGUGAGCAAGUGUCCUCUUACAGCGCUGAAAGUUGUGUCCAAGCAUCCAGGAUUUUUUACUUUUGGUGCAAAUACUGCUGUUCUAACACCACUCAGUCCUUCAGCUUCUGAAAACUGUAGUGCUUACAAGACUGUUGUGACAGAUCCUACCUCUGUGCGUACAGCACUGCUAUCUUCAGCUUCUUCUGUAGACUUUGGGGUUGGCAUGGGAGGUCAGCCUGAGGUAAUACAUGUCCCACUUCCUGACUCGAUUCUUCUUCCUGGGGCAUCAGUGCAGUUGCCAAUGUGGUUACGGGGACCAGAUGAAGAAGGAGUUCAUGAAAUAAACUUUUUAUUUUACUAUGAAAGUAUUAAAAGACACUCAAAAAUGUGUCAUAGAGUACUAAGACACACUGCAGUUAUUUGUACUAGCCGGUCUCUGCAUAUUCGAGCUACUGUCUGCAGAAGUAAUGCACUUGAAGAUGAAGAAGGCAGAGGGGAUAACAUGUUGGUGUUUGUGGAUGUAGAAAAUAUCAAUACUAGUGAGACUGGUGUUAAAGAAUUUCAUGUAGUGCAAGUUUCAAGUAAUAGUAAGCACUGGAAGCUUCAAAAAUCUGUUAACGUUUCUGAAGACAAAGACACUAAACUUGCUAGCAGAGAGAAAGCAAAGUUGUGCUUUAAAGCAGUGAAAUGCAAAAACUCCGAAGAAAGCUACACAUUUGCAGACAUCGUCUUUGGAAAUGAACAGAUAAUAAGUUCAGCCAGUCCAUGUGCAGACUUCUUUUUUCAAGGCUUAUCUUCUGAAUUGGGAAGAACUCAUGUACAAUCUCAAACUCAUGCAUCUCAAAGGGCUGUGAAGCAAUCAUUUGAUGAGGCAGUCAGAUUGAUACAAAGAUGCAGUGAAGUGGACUUGAACAUUGUUGUACUAUGGAAGGCAUAUGUUGUGGAAGAUAACAAACAGCUUAUUUUGGAAGGCCAACAUCAUAUUGCCCUUAACACAGUUGGGAAGGAGGCGUUUUCAUUUCCUCAGAAGCAGGAAUUACCAGAAACAGCACUCCUAAAGUUUUUUCGACCCGAAAGUGCACCAGUACCUGCAAGACCAACACCAGAGCAGCUUUCCAAUCUUAUCAAGACAAGUCUUCAUUACCCAGAGUCCUUCAAUCACUCUUUCCACCAAAAAAGCCUCUGUCUGGUCCCUGUUACUCUCCUACUUUCCAAUUGUUCCCAGGCUGUUGUAGAUGUGAUGAUUGAUUUGCGGCAUAAAACAACAAGCCCAGAGGCGCUAGAAAUCCAUGGAUCCUUUACGUGGCUUGGGCAAACACAGUAUAAGCUUCAACUGAAAAGCCAGGAGGUCUAUAGCUUGCAGCUGAAAGCUUGCUUCGUUCAUACUGGUGUCUAUAAUCUUGGAACCCCCAGAGUAUUUGCCAAGCUAGUGGACCAAGUUACCUUGUUUGAAACAAGUCAGCAGAACUCUAUGCCUGCACUGAUUAUUAUCAAUAAUGUUUGACCACUUCCUGAAAAAUCAUACUAAAAGACAAAAUAAAUGGGAUUCUUUUCUUAUAUUGCUGGUUGACAUUUUGCUGCAGUUUUUUGAAAUAGCACCUGGAACAUCUAACUUGUUACUAGAGAUCGUGUAGAAAAGAAAAUAGCAAAAUACUCAGACUUGUCAAUUUGUUUCUCAAUGCAACGCACGUUGGACUGAAAAUACGUUUAUCCUUUUGUAUAAUGUAUUUCUUCUCUGGUAAUUAAGAUAUUCAUAACACAAAGUAAUCUUCAGCUCCAGAUCUGAACAUAGUUCUGUGUCCUAUGCCCUGUCAAAAAUGCAGCUUGGCUGCUGUUACAACUUCCAGCAUGGCGUGUUUAAUAUUUGUGGCUGUAUUAGGAUAUGGUUCAGGAAGAAACCCUCACUGGCUUUUUCCUGUCAAAAGCCAUUAGUCAUAAUAAAUCCUAACCUUACUGUGAGUUAAUAGGGUGUCUCCAAACUGUUUCUCAAUUCUUUGGUUUAAAAAUUUGUUUUGAGUUUUCAAGUCUAUGAAAACUGGUGACCAUUCGAGGUUCACAAGUCCCACCGAGGGUGUUUCAAAAAUAAUUUUUUCAACUAGUUUCAGUAUUUUUCUCACUCAUCUCAACACAGAAUGCACUAUUUCACAACCAUGAGAUUGUCAUUUAAAUUGUCACUGCUUUAUUAUGUAACUAUAACAAUUGAUCUGUUUUAAAAAUUAAAUCUACUCAAGAUUUUCAAGAAAUGUAUUAUAUUUAUAACAAAUGUACUGUAAAUAGAAUAAAACAUACAUCAUAUUCACUGUA